AUGCCACGUGUACGCAUGCAGCGCAUCCACGCCUCUCCAUUCCCGUCCGAUGCUGCUGCGCGGAGCAUGCGUGGUUACCUCGGUUGCUUCUGCCCCUGCGUGCUGUUCGGCCAGAACGUUCAACGGCUGCAUGGGCGGCAGUGUUUUGGCCCAUGUGUGAUGCAUUGUCUGCUGGGCGGCUGCAUUGUGCUGGCAGCAUACAGCACCCUCGGCCCCGCUGCCUUCUGGUGCACGCCCAUUUCCUGCUAUGCCUGCAACUACCGCUCAGAGCUCCGGGCAAAGUACCACCUGAAGGCUGAGCCCGCAGGUGACUGUCCGACGCACUUCCUCUGCCACCCCUGCGCCCUCUGCCAAGAGCACAGAGAGCUACAAUCGCGUCCCAAACCCUCUGGGCUGGACUUCUAUGAAUUCCCUGUGAGUGCUGCUCCCCCCCCGCUCACCAUGUUCUCGCUUCGCUCUACUCUUGCAGCUCCCCAAUUAGGAGCCUCGGUAACGCUGCACCGGGAAUCACGGGUUCUCCGCCCACCGCGACGUCUUCCUUGCUUAUGCUCCACGCGCGCUGCCGUCUCCGCUGAGAGGCCUUACACGAGACGGGAAUCUGGGCUCGGGACCCAAACAUCGUCUCAAGUGCAAAAUGCUUUGCCUCGCCUGUGCGCCGUAACUGUGCUUCUCGCGGCACUGGUGGUGACGCCACUGGGGGAAGUAGCGGAGGCAGCGGAAGGCGGAGGUCGUGUUGGCGGUCAGGUGUUUCAGCGGUCUCAGAAAGCCAAGGAUCGAAAACCAGACAGCUCACGGACGGCCAAGUCGCCACCACCUCAAUCGAAGAGUAUUAUGACGGCACCUACCCUGCACAUCUGA